CUGCAUCAUCGGCAUCUCCAGAUUUACACUGUCUAGCGGAAAGCGAUAAGGCGGAGGCAUUGAGCAUGUGGUGAUAGUCAUUUAACAAUUGGCGACUUGUUUGCUAGUGGAAAAUCAUUAAUGCCUGGAGAGCUCAGAGGGUUCUCGUGGUAUAUAAGAGCAAACCGCGUCACAGCUCGCCUCGUGCUCACACACUGUUGGAAGCGAUCCAGAGAGAGAGAGAGAGAGAGAGAGAGAGAGAGAGAGAGAGAGAGAGAGAGAGAAGCGAAGAGCAUGGGAAGAGCACCAUGUUGUUCUAAAGUGGGUUUACGUAGGGGGCCGUGGACGAACAAAGAAGACACGAUGCUUGUUAAGUACAUUGAAACGCAUGGCGAAGGUCAUUGGCGAUCCUUGCCUAAAAAAGCAGGGUUGCUGAGAUGUGGGAAAAGCUGCAGGCUAAGGUGGAUGAACUAUCUAAGGCCAGACAUAAAGCGAGGGAACAUCACUCCGGAUGAGGAAGACCUCAUCAUGAGGCUCCAUGCCCUCCUUGGAAACCGGUGGUCGCUGAUUGCGGGCCGACUGCCGGGCCGAACUGACAAUGAAAUCAAGAACUAUUGGAACUCCCACCUCAGCAAGAGAGUAACCACCGACAGCAAUGACAACCCCAACAAAGGACUGAGAGGCCCAAAGAAGAGAAGCAACAACGACAACCUCAUCACCACCAAUAAGAAGAAGAGGCAAUUAAAGAAGAGUCCUCAAGAAGAUCAAGAAGAAGAAGAAGAAGCCAUCACCACAAAGAUCAAAGUCCACCAACCCAAGGCAAUUAGGGUUUCACCAAUAUUCUCCAUCGCAAGGAACAACAGCUUUGAGAAUGUGGAGGUCGCUGACGAAGAAGUAACGGUGCACGAUAAGCAUGAGAGCAAUGAUGCGAUCAUCAACAGUAACAAUGCUUAUGGUGACAAUGAUCUUUCAUGGAUGAUCAGCGAGGCUAAAGAACAUAACUGGUUCUGCGAUGAUGAAGAUUACAAUGACAUGGUGGAUGUUGAAGGGUGUGGUGGUACUGGUGGCGAUGAGAUGAUCCGCUCCAAUGAUAACAAAAACACAUCAUCUUCUUCCCCAUGCCAUCGUAUUUGGUUGCCCAACAACAAUAAGAAGAUGCUGGAGAAGAUUUUUGAGGAGUAUCACGAGCUGCUCAAGUCGGAGGAUCACCUGCAACUGGAAUCUUUCGUGGAUUCCUUAUUGAUUUGAUUUUUUUCAUCAUUUGAGUUGGAAUGUGUGAGUGGAGCAGUUUGGUCCAGUGUCCCAUGUUAAUGAUCGUCCAUUGGAGAAGUCUCCCUUUUCUUUUUUAAUUUUUGUUGGGUUUUUCUAAGAAUUUUUUUGAACCCUUCACGUGUCUAUUUAUUAUCUUCCGUCUUCUAAAUUC